AUUUAAAUAGCCCCAAGUUUCCUUUGUUAACCAUCUUCGCUCAUUUCUCCCGCUUCCCCUACCCUCUCUCCAUCUCUAGAACUUUGUGGAAUUCUUAUUGAGCAAACUCUAGCUAGCUUUACCAAAUACACAAAAGAACAAACACAACUGAAAUACUAAGUGCGAGAAAAGAUAUCAAUGGAGGAGAUCACGUCCCCAUCUUCUACAUCCUCCUUUAUGUCGUUCUGUCAAGACACCUGUCCCCCACUCCAACAACGCCUCCAGUUCAUCCUCCAAAGCCGACCUGAAUGGUGGGUCUAUGCCAUCUUCUGGCAAGCUUCCAAGGAUGCCACUGGCCGCCUUGUUUUAUCGUGGGGUGAUGGUCAUUUCCGUGGAACCAAAGAAUUUGCAGCCAAAGCUUGCAAUAAGCUGAACCAACCCAAAUUCGGGUUCAAUCUUGAAAGAAAGAUGAUUAACAAAGAGUCCCCAACUAUUUUUGGUGAUGAUAUGGAUAUGGACAGAUUGGCAGACGUGGAAGUUAUUGACUACGAAUGGUUUUAUACAGUUUCAGUAACACGAUCAUUCGCUGUUGAGGAUGGAAUUCUUGGCAGGGCUUUUGGAUCCGGAGCUUUUAUUUGGUUGACGGGUAACCAUGAGUUACAGAUGUUCGGGUGUGAAAGAGUUAAAGAGGCUCGUAUGCAUGGGAUACAGACAUUGGCCUGUAUUUCAACCACUUGUGGAGUUGUUGAAUUGGGCUCCUCGAAUACAAUCGAUAAAGAUUGGAGCCUAGUGCAACUCUGCAAAUCACUCUUCGAGGGAGACUCAGCCUGUUUGGUUUCAAAGGAGCCAAGCCAUGAUUCUCAGCUUCAUAUUCUUAAUACUUCAUUCCUUGAUAUUAGUAUGUUUUCAGCCUCUCAAAAGGAAACCUCCACGGAGAAGCAAAUUGAAGGCGACAAAAAGAAGGAUGUCACUGGUCAAGGUCGCUCAUCAUCUGACUCGGCGCGUUCUGAUUCUGAUGGCAAUUUUGCUGCUGGAAAUACUGAUCGGUUCAAGAAAAGAGGAAGAAAGCAACUAAACGGCAAGGAAUUGCCACUGAACCAUGUUGAAGCGGAGAGGCAGCGCAGAGAGAGGCUGAAUCAUCGAUUCUAUGCUCUCCGAUCUGUAGUUCCUAAUGUAUCAAAGAUGGAUAAAGCAUCUCUACUAGCAGAUGCAGUUACUUACAUCAAGGAACUCAAGGCCAAAGUUGAUGAAUUGGAGUCCAAACUACAAGCAGUAUCCAAGAAAUCCAAGAGUACAAACGUCGCUGACAAUCAAAGCACCGAUUCCAUGAUUGAUCACAUCAGAGCUUCUUCAAUUUACAAAACCAAGGCAAUGGAAUUGGAAGUGAAAAUUGUAGGGUCAGAAGCCAUGAUAAGAUUCCUCUCCCCAGAUGUUAAUUACCCAGCUGCAAGGUUGAUGGAUGUGCUUAGAGAAAUAGAGUUCAAAGUUCAUCACGCAAGCAUGUCAAGCAUCAAGGAGAUGGUGCUUCAAGAUGUUGUGGCUAGAGUUCCAGAUGGACUCACAAAUGAAGAUGUUGUGAGAAGUGCUAUUCUUCAAAGGAUGCAGAACUAAGCUGCCAGCCGAUGAUCUCAUAUUAGUUAAGGAACAUAAAAUGAGGUCUACCUUUGUAUGGUUUUCAUUUUCCUCGAAUAAUUCGCGUCUGUUUUACCUCUAUGUUAUGUAGCGUGUUUAAUUGUAAGGAACAACAAUAUUGUUAAAAUUGUUGUUUGGUUGCUCUUCUUUUUCCUAGUUUCUAUUAUUCUUAAAAUCAAUGUUGUUCUUGGAGUGCUCUCCGUUUUUGUAGUUUCUCUGAGUGCUCCUCGUUUUGUAGUUUCUGUUGUUCUUAAAAUCAUUGUUGCUCUUUGAGUGUUCUUCAUUUUUGUAGUUUCUAUCGUUAUAUAUUCUUUUUUAAUGUUUUCUUUUCCCUA